UGAAUCAUCCUCACCAACGCACAGAAAGAGAGCUGCAGAACAGCAGAAGCAGAUACCGAAACAAGGGCCACAAUUAAAUACUAGUACUCCACAACACAACAGUGGCAGCACUGAGCCACUGACCCAGCAUCGAGACGAGCAGCACACAGCACAGUGCAGUGUGAGCAACCGAGCUGAGCUGAGCCGAGAGCGGCGUACACCACUGGCUCCUACACGCUGAUCGCUGAAAAGGUUUAGACAUGAGAAGAGGGCUUUAACGGGGGAGUAGUGUAGUUCUUCUCAGUCUUGUGCGUCCGCAUCCCUUUUUUCUUUAGCCUCACCCUCCUUGUGCACUCGCGGGCUCGCAGAGCACCUCCCUCCCCCUCUUUCCCUCGCCAUUAAUGUGCCGCCUGCAAGCCCAGUAGUGCUCCGCUUCGCCGAAAGUUUUGAUAUUUUGCUCCCAUGGGCGGGCGAUACUAGCCUUUUUUUGGCGGUUCUUGGUGCCUUUGGGGGCGAGUGCGAGGAGCUUUGGAGGCAAUGGGGGUGGUUCGGAGGGAGGGGCAAAGGGCGGCCGCCGCCUUCCUGUACGCGGUGGUGGUUCUUGGGGCGGUGGUGGGGGGCGGAGUCCGCGCCUUCGAGGACGGCACCGCGGUGUACAUUGUGACCAUGAAGCAGGCGCCGGUGUUCCACAAGCGCCUUGACUUACAGAGGUUUGGGAGCAGCAGAGUUGCCGGCGCCAGCGGGGACACUCCCUCCACCAGCGUGCUGAGGAAGCCGAGAAAUGGUUCACCCAAACCUAUGAAUUAUGGUUCAUACCUAGUUCGCCUUCAAAAUUCACUUUUGAAGAGGACUCUAAGAGGAGAGCACUAUAUAAAGCUGUACAGCUACCGCUACUUGAUUAAUGGUUUUGCUAUUGUCAUCACUCCUCAGCAGGCAGAAAAGCUAUCUAGGAGGAAAGAAGUGGCAAAUGUGAUGUUGGACUACUCAAUUAGGACUGCAACAACUCAUACCCCUGAAUUCCUUGGCCUGCCACAAGGAGCCUGGGUUCAAGAGGGUGGUCCACAAUGCGCUGGUCAGGGAGUUGUUGUUGGUCUCAUCGACACAGGAAUAGAUCCAACCCACCCUAGCUUUGCAGAUGAUCUAUCAACCGAUAGUUAUCCAGUGCCUGCUCACUACUCUGGCAUUUGUGAGGUUACGAAUGAUUUUCCAUCUGGAUCCUGCAACAGAAAGCUCGUGGGAGCUCGGCAUUUUGCAGCAUCUGCAAUAACUAGAGGAGUCUUCAAUGUUUCUCAAGAUCUUGCUUCACCAUCCGAUAGUGAUGGCCAUGGGACGCAUACAGCAUCCAUUGCAGCUGGUAAUCAUGGAAUUCCUGCUGUUGUGGCUGGGCAUCACUAUGGAGAUGCAAGUGGCAUGGCUCCUCGUGCACACAUUGCUGUGUAUAAAGCUCUUUACAAAAGCUUCGGAGGUUUUGCUGCUGAUGUUGUGGCUGCAAUAGAUCAGGCAGCUGAAGAUAAUGUUGACAUCAUCAGCUUAUCUAUUACUCCUAAUAGGAGGCCUCCUGGACUGGCUACAUUCUUCAAUCCAAUAGAUAUGGCACUUCUAUCAGCUGUAAAAGCUGGUAUAUUUGUUGUGCAGGCUGCUGGAAAUACUGGUCCUUCCCCUAAGAGCAUGUCUUCCUACAGUCCAUGGAUAUUUACUGUAGGAGCUUCUGCCCAUGACAGGGUAUACAACAAUUAUGUUGUACUUGGCAACAAUUUGACCAUUCCAGGAGUUGGUCUUGCUCCUGGAACAGAUGGUGAUGACAUGUACACUCUAAUUGCUGCACCUCAUGCACUGAAAAACUAUACAGCCACUCCUACAGAAAUGUCCCUUGGGGAGUGCCAAGAUUCGAGUCACCUAGAUGAAGAUCUGAUACGAGGAAAGAUACUAGUGUGCAGCUAUUCUAUACGAUUUGUACUUGGCCUGUCUUCUGUGAAACAAGCUUUAGAUACGGCAAAAAAUGCCAGUGCUGCAGGAGUUAUAUUCUAUUUAGACCCAUUUGUUCUUGGGUUCCAGCUGAACCCAACUCCAAUGCGUAUGCCUGGACUUAUAAUACCAUCGUCUGAUGACUCUAAGGUAUUUCUAACUUAUUACAAUGAUUCCCUUGUGAGAGAUGACACAUCAGGACGAAUUGUCAGCUUUGGUGGAGUUGCAAAAAUACUAGGGGGCCUAAAGCCAGAUUACAGGAAUUCUGCACCAAAAGUAAUGUUCUAUUCUGCUAGGGGUCCUGACCCUGAGGACAACUCACUGUCGAAUGCUGAUAUCUUGAAACCAAAUCUGGUAGCACCUGGAAGUUCCAUUUGGGGUGCUUGGAGUUCACUUGGAUUGGAUUCUGCUGAAUUUGCUGGUGAAAGUUUUGCAAUGAUCUCUGGCACAAGUAUGGCUGCACCACAUGUCGCUGGCCUUGCUGCUCUCGUCAAGCAGAAGUUUCCUUCUUUUAGCUCAGCAGCUAUAGGUUCUGCUCUGUCUACGACUACAACUCUCAGUGACAAGCAAGGGAAUCCAAUCAUGGCACAGCGAACAUACAGCAAGCCAGAUUCGACACAAACUCCUGCUACACCUUUUGACAUGGGGAAUGGCUUUGUCAAUGCUACUGCUGCUCUGGAUCCAGGGCUCAUAUUUGAUUGCAGUUACGAUGAUUUCUUCUCCUUCCUUUGCGGCAUAAAUGGUUCCAGCCCAGUAGUGAUGAACUACACUGGCAACAACUGCGGGGCCUCCACCAUGACAGGAGCAGACUUAAACCUGCCCUCGAUCACCAUAGCAGUGCUCAACCAGUCAAGAACAAUAACAAGAACGGUGACCAAUGUGGCGGCUGACGAGAGCUACACAGUCAGUUACAGCACUCCCUACGGAGUCGCAGUUUCCGUAGCACCAACGCAGUUCUUCAUUCCAAGCGGGCAGAGGCAACUCGUGACCUUCGUUGUGAACGCCACCAUGAACAGCUCCUCCGCGAGCUUUGGUAAUGUCGGGUUCUACGGUGACAAAGGUCACCGGGCGAUCAUCCCGUUUUCGGUUAUCUCCAAGGUUGUAUACAGUUCCUGAUGACUGAUGAGCCGAUGCAGUGGAUGCAAACGAGGGCCUGACAGAUCCAGUAUAUGCAGUGGACUUGACUGCAUGGAGCUUACCUUGACUAGGGAUUUUUUGUUGGUUGUGUAAAUGCUGAAGCAUGUUGAUGUAAGUAGCUGAGCGGUUAACUAGUAACUGUAAAGAGAAUGUACCAGAGCGCCCCCCCCCCCCCCCACCUCUUGCCAUGAAUGGGAAAUCCUUUUGCAACGGAAUGCUAAACAGCAGAAGUUGGUGUUUCCCUUAUUCAAUUGUGUCUGUGAGGCAUAUCAUCACACAUGAUCCUGGAUCUUUCCCAAAUCUCUUGUAGGUGUUAUAGAACAACGUUGCUAGCGGUUAUGACUCUUUUCUCUCCGUCUUUUUUAUGAAUACAGCACAAUCGCAGGGUUCC